UUCUAAAAGUUAUUUUUAUACAAACAUCAUUUGACCAAUAAAAAAUCUUUUAAACUAGAAUUUGCAGAUUAUUUUAUAAUUUUUAUUACUUUAAUGAGUAACUUUGCUCCUAGCUAAAAUUAAAUACUUCCUGUAAGCAUAGGAUAGCCAGUGCCAAGCUCUUUUAUUAUUAGAUAAUAAUAGGAAACUUUACAACGAUUAUAAGAGCAGAAUCAAAAAUAGCAACAGCAAAUAGAAAGCCUAAAAAGCAGAUACAGUAAUAACAUUCCAAACCCUGUUACAAUAAGAUCUUAGAGUCCAUCUUCAAAUUUACUAACCCUUCCGAGGGCGAAUACAGCAGCAACAUAAUAAAAUACAUAGUUUGAGUUGUAAAGCAAUAAUAAUCUUUCUAAUUUAAAUUAGAGGUCUUCAACACCACCAUAAAAUAGAUUAUUUGUUUAAUCUGAAAAUAGUUAUUUACCAAACAGCAUUUAAACUACUCAAGGUAUCAGUAAUUUAAAUGCUUAAAUCAUUCCAGUUACUUAUUCCAAUAUUGCUCCAGCUGCUUAAUAGAAUUCAUAUCAAGUUUCUUAGCAAUACUCAAAUAUAAUUAAUAGGCCAGUCUAUAAACUACCAAGGGCUAUUUAAAUUGAUCAAGAUUAACCUGUUUAAUUAUAAGAUAUAUCUUAAAACUUCUCUCCAUAGGGAUUAAGAUAUGAAACAGUUAUAAAUUAGCAACCAUAAAAUAUACCACAAUAAAUUCCUAUAAUUUAAAACUAGCCUGUUAUUAUAGCAUCUCCAGAAGCUUAAAACGGAGUAUAAUAUUUGCAAUCUUCCUUUAAUGGAAACCAAGUAGUUUCUAGUUUUUUAAAUGAUAGACAGAGUUUUCAUUAAUAAUAAGAAAUAAAAACUGUUUAAUACAUUCCAGUUGAAACAGUUAAACAAGAUUAAGCUUAACAAUAGCUUUUCACUGCUUCUGCUAACAGAUUUAGUGCUUAGGAAAACAGAAAAGAUCAAUAAGCACUAUUUCCUGAAAAUAGAAUUAAAACAUUCUAAAGUAGUUAUAGAAGGCAACAUAACUCAUCUUAAGAUUACUCAAAUCAAUAAAGAAAUAAUGAAAGUUUAAAUAAAGAAAAUGAAAGAUUCUAAAAGUCUAAUUUAUCCGAUACUUAGAAAUAUUAAAAUAAAUAUGACCAAUAUAUCACCAAAGACGAACAUGAGAGAAUGAGAGAAAAGUUUAUUCGUCAAAUAGAAGACCUAGAAUCGCAAAUAAAUAAGCUCAACAAUGAUGUUAAAACUAAAAACAUAGAUAUUGACACUCAAAAAUCUGUUAAUGAAGACUUAAUCAAAAAGAAUUAAAAACUAGAAAGCAAGGUCAGAGAGUUAGAAAAUGUUAUUGAAAAUUUAAAAGAUGAGUAAGAAAAAUUGGUGGAUGUUUGUGAAAAGAAAGAUGUAGAAGUUGAAGAGUAAAAUUUACAAUUAGCAGAAAAGCAAAGAGAAGUUAAUGAAAUAAAAUAAAAAAUGGAAAAUAUGUCAGCUUUCUAUACUGAUUCUUAGGAAAAAUUGUAGUUAUAUGAAGAUACUUAAGAAGAACUCUAAAAUCAAAUAUAAAAAAAUAUUAAUUUGGAAUAACGAAAUAACUUUUUAAAUUAAGAAAUAUAAAAUUCAAAGUAAAUUGUUUUAGACUUAGAAUAGCAAAUGAAGUAGCUUCAAGCAUAGCUUCCACCAGUUCCAUACAAGCAGAUAGAAUAAGAAACAAUAAAAAUGUAGUAAUACAUUUAAAAUUUGGAAUAGCGAUUGUUGAUACUUACUCAUGAAAAAAAUGAAGAAGUCCAGCAUUGGCGUUCUAUGGCAGAAAUAGACUCUGUAAGAGUAUUUUAAGAAAUGGAAAAUCGCUGCAAAUUCUUAGCCAACGAAAAUGAAAGAUUAAAUUAAAUUAUUGUCAAUAGAUGUAUAGACAUGAGAUAAAAUUGGUGA